AUGGACAGAGUUUCUCUUGCUGCCUGUAUUGUUAGGGGUGAAGAGUUGUUUUCUGUCGCGUUCAAACCCAUUCUAAUUUCCCUGCCAAUUUCCGAACAAGAUCCUGAAGAUAAAUCAUCUCUCACUUCCAGCUCUCUGCUCUUAGAUGGUCUUUCUACGAGCAUGAAAUGGACCGUAGUUGUCACCAAUAUCAACAAAGGAAAAAUUAUUAUUCCCAAGCACGGAAGAGCCAACACGAUUUUAAAUUACAUAAUAUUCUUCCGACACAGUAGAGAGCUCAUAGAGAUAUUAAGCGCGCUUGGGCGAAUGCAAGUGCUGAAUCCGCACGCAAGGUUCCUAAUAGUUUCUUCAACUAAGUUCAACUUGGUUAAGCCAGUGAUCAAAGAAAUCUUCCGCGCUUUGCAUACAUACCAUGUUUUAAACGCUGUGCUGCUGAUUGGGGAUCCCAGUUCGGAGUUUAGCUUCAAUGUUUUCAAGCUGAUGCCCUUCUGGAACAACACUUGCAAGCCCAACAUUGAUAAGGACGUGACUGAAAUCGACUCUUGCACAAAUGGAACGUUUCUUCUGGAAUCUGAGUGGUAUAACGAGGACAUCCCCAAGACCUUCCGGUCCUGCGAAUUAAAAGUGGCUUAUGCCGAAUGGCCUCCAUAUGCAGUAGACAUGCACAAUAUUUCCACUCUAGCUCCCAGUGAGUUUCUGGAACAUGGUAUUGAUGUCGGGAUGGUAGCCAACAUUUUCGCCUACAUGAACGUGUCUUUGGUGUUCAUAAAGUCUGAAGGAAUUGGGGAAAUUUAUCCAAAUAGAACAGCCACUGGCCCCUUUCGCACUUUGUAUGAUCAGCAUGCUGAUAUUGCUGUAGGAGGAAUAUCACAGACUCUGCUCCGGAUGGUUGUUUUUGACUGCAGUUUCACUUACAGGGUUGAGGAAUUGGUAUGGGUAGUGCCGCACGACCAUUUGAUUCUGACAGAGUUAGUCGGGCUUGCCGGCAUUAUAAAAUUCAAUGUCUGGAUUGGAAUAGCUGCACUAUGCGUCACCACAACAGCCAUUAUACUGCUGUUUGCCAAAAGAAGUGAAGUUGAACACAAAAUGUUUAAAAACCCAGGAAACACUGUUCAGUCAAUGCUUUUGGCUACAGUCAACCUGCCUUCUGGUAUGCUACCAAAAAUUCACGAGACCCGCUUAAUCUUCUCAAUGGUUCUACUAUUUGCUCUCAUCUUCAACGCAGCUUACACGACCUAUUUAACCAGCGUCCUAACAAAAGCUGACUUGUACAGGGAAAAAUACGCCAAUGUAACAGACAUACAAGACAACAACCUGAAAGUCUACAUCAGCCCGAAUGCCGACAGGUUUUUCCAGAAAAACGACACUUUGGACUACAAACUUGUGCAAACUGCAACCACCUGCCCAAUCACUAGCUACAGCCGCUGUCUUGGCGAUGUGGCCAUUCACAAAAACGCCACAAUUCUAGCACUAAAAGGGUUUGUGGAAUACAUAAAGAACAGCUAUAUUUCAACCUCCAAUUCGUAUCUUUUGCACCUGCUGAAACCAGUCGUUUCCUAUCAGCUAAACAUUGUGAUGGUGAAGGGAUUUUGGGGGUACGAAAGAGUGAACACUUUACUGAACAAUGCGGUGGCUUCGGGGCUGGCAGCGAAAUGGAUGACAGUGCCAAGAAAUAACAAUAAUUUUAUCAGCAAAGUGGUAGUGGAAUCGGAAUUGAGCAAAGGCAGCAGCACGCUGAAUUUCAAAACGCUGCAGACUGUUUUUUAUCUGCUACUAGCAGGGGAUUUGAUUGCCAUUGUUGUUUUUUUCUUGGAAUUAGUCGCUUUUAGGCAUUUUAAUCAAGUGCAGAAAGCUUAA